AUGGGUGUAAAUGAAAGAAAGUAUAAUCCUCCGAAGAAAUUGAAAGAACCCGAAAACAAGGACAUAAUAAGCAGUUUGCCCGAUGAACUAUUAGGUAGAAUUUUAUCUUUUUUACCUACAAAAUACAGUGUGGCAACUAGUGUUCUUUCGACUAGAUGGAGGAACGCAUACAAACUUAGUAGCAAUCUCGAUUUUGAUGAUUCAAUCAUUUUCAAUACUCGAGAUGAAGAUAUGAGAAAUCAAAGAAAAAAUUUGUUUAGAAAGUUUGUAAGUCGGGUUUUGGAACAAUGCAACAUAUCUCAGAUUGACAAAUUUCGACUUAAUUGUGUGAGCAAUACUUGUGAUUCAUUGAUAAAGGGUUGGGUUCAUGCUAUAUGCUUGCAUAAGCUUGUUGAGUUCGAAUUAUCGAUUGACAGGAGUGUGCACUGUGAGCUAUCGCUUUCUCAGUCGUUCUGCCAGAACUUGGCGGUGUUUAGGAUGGAUUGUAGUUUCAGACUGCACAUCCCAACAUCAGUGACAUUUCCGAACCUUAGAGUCCUUCAUCUCAAGGACAUUACCUUUGAAGGGUACUCUAAGAGUUCGGUCUAUACUUCUUUUGACAAGGACGAGGUUGUUGGAUUUGCUGAUCACGAACUCAAUAUGAUCCUAUCGAAGUGUUCAUUGCUCGAAGAAUUGGUGAUUGUACAUUGUGAGCUACGACUUUCUAAAUUGAGAGUGCAAUGCGAGCUACAACUUUCUCAAUUGACAUGUCGAAAUCUGUUGAAGUUGAAGUUGGAUUGUAGAUUUAUACUCAGUAUCCCAAAUUCAGUGACAUUCCCAAACCUUAAAGUCUUGUUUUUUAAGGAUAUAACCUUUGUAGGAAUGCAUAGUACCUUAGUCCAUCAUGAUCUAAAUGGGAUUUUAGUUGGGUGUCCGUUGCUUGAAGAAUUGGCUAUAAUCGGGUGUGAUUGGGAUGGUCGUGAUCUAUGGUUUACUAAUCCAUUGCUACAAAACUUGACACUCGAGGAUGGACUAAGUGAACCUCUCGACCAACUUAAUGGUUCCAUGGUUCAUUUCGAUUUGCCAAGCUUGGUUUGGUUUAACUAUCGCGUAGGGUUAGCUACUCACUAUGUCAUCCGAAAUUUGGAUUCCGUCGCCCAUGCUCAAUUGGAAAUCGGUUUCAACGAUGAUGAUUUUGAUGACGAACAACAACUUUGUGAUACUAUUCUCGACCUUAUCGAAGGGAUUUGUAGUUGUCGGUCAUUGAAUUUGUCUCGCCAAUGCUUGGAGGCUCUUACAAGUGGCAAUUUUGAACUUCCUAUAUUUAGUAAGUUGACUGAAUUAGAACUUACUCUUGGCAUUGAUUUUGAUUGGAGCGAUGUGUUAUUGGACUUUCUGAAUUGCUCGCCUUGCUUGGAAUCUCUCACCUUGGUGCAGGGAGGAAAAAGGCCUAGUCAAAGAAGUGGACAAUUCUUGCUAGAAGCUCAAGAUGUGCCUUCUUGUGUUCAUUCUCAUUUAAAGUCCAUCAACAUCAAAUACUUUAAAGGAUUCAAAGGAGAGAAGAAAUUGGUGAAAUACUUCCUUAGAAAUGCUAAUUUGUUACAGGAAAUGGUGAUAGAAUGGGAUCAAAGAUACAAGGAAACAGAUUUUCUAGCUAAAGAAGAUGAGAUACUACACUUGCCCAAGUCUUCAGUAUCAUGCUCAAUUUCUUUUAAGUGAUAAAAAGAAAUCUAUUUGUCCGAAAUUAGUCGUUACAUUUGUAGGCUUUCGAACCAGUAAUGUGACGACUAAAUUUGGAUCGACGUUACUUUAGCAUCAUUCUUUUUUUGCUAUAUUUGAUGCGGUUGAAUUUUUGUGGUGUAUAAAUUAUACUUUUAACACUAUCACGUUAUGAUGAUUUUGCAAAUCUUGUAUACAAUCAUAUUAC